ACAAAAAUCUGUCAGAAUUGGCCCCAUGCAUAAUCUAGGUUUGCCUCUGUGUCUCAUUAGAAAGAAACUUUUCAUUUUCAGUUGAAAAUUAAACUACCUUAUUUUUCUGUACUGAGAACAAAUAUAAUGUUGUUAAUAUUAAAAUGAGUUCAGUUACAAUCAAAAGUAUCCAAAUGACUAAAUAAGCGGAAUUUGACAUUACUCCAUUGGCCUACAGAAAUCAUGCAUGCGAUAUUUCUAUCUACAACUUAAAAUACAAGCGACAUCCGGGUGUGUGAGUGAGAUUUCUAGAAGCAGCAUCAGGCUUGGUUGUUUGCGGGGAUUUGAUUGGCUCUCAGUGUGGUCCAGCCAUGAGUCAUGUCAGUGACGCAAGCAGAGAGAAGGGCAACGCAACAGCAGCAUCCAGCAUUGAGUCACAAUCCAUCCAUAUAUUCUUCUCUCUGAACCACAGCUGAAAACAACAGUUUAAUAAAGAGAGAAAGGACCGCUUGGAUUUUGCGGCUUGUUAUCAGGCCACAGUCAUAUAUAGAAAAAUGACUAAAGAGGACACUGCCGAUGUAGAGGAGGCCCAGCCUACCUCCGAUUUUACCAUUCCAAAACAUGAAUCUCGCAAGAAGCCCAUAGUCCAUCCAUCUGCCCAGGCCCCGCUCCCCAAAGACUAUGCCUUCACAUUCUUUGAUCCGAAUGACCCAGCCUGUUUGGAGAUUUUGAUGAAUCCCAGCACCACCGUCCCUGAGCUGUUUGCUAUCAUCCGUCAGUGGGUCCCCCAAGUGCAGCACAAGAUUGACAUAAUCGGUGAAGAGAUUUUAAAGCGAGGAUGUCAUGUUAAUGACCGUGAUGGACUGACAGACAUGACUCUCCUGCACUACAGCUGCAAAGCAGGGGCUCAUGGAGUGGGAGACCCUGAGGCAGCCCUCAGGCUGACCAAUCAGCUGAUUGCUCUGGGUGCAGAUGUCAGCCUCCGCAGUCGUUGGACCAACAUGAAUGCACUCCACUAUGCUGCUUACUUCGAUGUUCCUGAGUUGAUCCGGGUUCUGCUUAAAGCUUCUAAACCUAAAGUACUCAACUCUACCUGCAGUGACUUCUACUUUGGCACUGCCCUGCAUAUUGCUGCCUCCAACCUCUGCCUGGGAGCUGUCAAGUGUCUUCUGGAGCAUGGAGCCAAUCCCACUGUCAGAAAUGAUAAGGGCCAAGUCCCUGCUGAUGUGGUUCCUGAUCCCAUGGACAUGAGCCUGGAUAAAGCAGAAGCAGCCAUGGUGGCUAAGGAGCUAAAGCAGCUGCUGUUAGAUGCAGUGCCCCUCAGCUGUAACCUUCCCCGUGUCACCUUGCCCAACUAUGACAACAUUCCCGGAAACCUCAUGCUGUCUUCUCUCGGCCUGAAGUUGGGUGAGCGAGUGCUUCUGGAUGACAUGAAGGCGGGCACCCUUCGUUUCUGUGGAACCACUGAGUUUGCUAGUGGUCAGUGGGUGGGCAUUGAGCUGGAUGAGCCAGAGGGCAAGAAUGAUGGGAGUGUGGGUGGAGUCCGCUAUUUCAUCUGUCCACCCAAACUGGGAAUCUUUGCCCCUGUGUCCAAAAUCAAAAAAGUUGUGGAUCAAACCCCUUCCUCAGUCACCUCCACUCCCAAAACCCCCCGCAUGGACUUUUCCCGUGUCACUGGCAAAAUCAAGAAAGAGAAAAAAGAGAAAGAUCAUGAGAAAUCUUUGAGGAAGAAAUCUCGGUCAGUGGCCAGUCUGGAUCCUGAUGGAGUGAAGAUUGAAGUGGGAGACCAGGUUCUAGUGGCUGGACAGAAGCAAGGAAUUGUGCGUUUUUAUGGCAAAACAGACUUUGCACCAGGCUUUUGGUUUGGUGUGGAAUUGGAGCACCCCACUGGGAAACAUGAUGGCUCUGUGUUUGGAGUUCGCUACUUCAGCUGUUUGCCCAAAUAUGGAGUCUUUGCACCACCUUCACGUGUUCAGAGAAUUGGAGGACCAAAAGAAUCCCAGGGUGAUGGGAAGCUGGUGAAGAAAGUUCACCAGGUGACUAUGUCCCAGCCAAAGCGUAACUUCAGUGCGGUGAGGUCUCCCAAAGACAUCACAUCCGAGAACUCCAUAUCCAGCAGGUUGCUGUUCUGCUGCUGGUUCCCCUGGAUGCUACGUGCAGAAAUGCAAUCUUAAACUCACUACUUAUUACUCCUCUUCCCCAUGCCCAUCUUUCUAUUCCUUCCCAAAUGAUACAAUUAUCCUCUCACUGUCCAUCCAUUUACAUUUAAUCAUUUGGCAGAUGCUUUCUUCAAAGCGACCUACAAAUGAGACACAAUAUAAUCCAAAAAUGGAGCUGAGGAUUAAAGGUUUUGCUCAAGGGCUGUCAGUUCUCUGGCAGUUUAACUCCCAAUCUUCUUCUAACUAGCUCUAAACCUUAAAGCACUGAGCUAGCACUGUCUGAGCAGCCGUCCAUCCUUAAAUUGGGCUUUCCUCUAAGAAUCAUGCAGACUGUCAGAGGCACAAAUGUGCAAGGUCCCUCUCCCAGCCUUCCCCUUUGACUGCAGUUCAAUAGCAAAAACUAGUGCCUUGUAAAGAAACAAUGUCCUGCAUUCCAUUUGUUAAUGAUCAGUAAAAGAACAAGGUAUCUUGAAUUCUGAAUUAGGGAAAAAUCCCUAACAAAAGCCAUUCAUUAGUAUAAAAAUGUAGAUAAUUUUAUGUUGCCAAAAAUCACCCUAAAAUGAAGGCCACAAAAACAUACAGGCAGAUGUCUUUGUGGGCUUUGGUUGUCUCUUUUUUAUUUUAAGAAGCAGCUUUAUUCAGUUUACCCACAUACCCGGGCCUAAAAUUUAUUGUGAUUGCAGUUGCUUCAAUAUGCACUGUUAUAAUUUCAGUGUUCAGUCGAAAACCAAGCUUUUAAAUGCCUUUACAUUAGUUAGUUCGUUCAGCAGUUAUUGCUUGUAUGUGGAUAAUUAAUGUCAUUCUAAGAGAUGUUAAAUUUACACAUACAAUGACAUUAAGUAGCAAUACAUUAUCUAAUGCUACAGGAGACAGGAUUUAUUGUAAUUGUAAUUGCCAUUCCCAAUGCAAGUAUGCAUUAUAUUCAUAUUGAUGUGCUCUGCAUGACAGUGGGCAGACAUGGUUAUACAGGCCAGUUAAUAAUCCUGUAAUUUAUAAUAACCCACACUACCACACUACACUACAUACUCUAAAGGGUUAAUUAAUAAACUCAUAUAAUUCUGUAAUUUUUCUAUGUAAACCACAAAAAUAGGACAAAUACUACCCUAGUAUAAUCACCUGUUUUAAAGAAUAAGUAUAUUCAGUUAAUUAACCAAUCAGUCGAAUUAUAUAAUGGAGUGACACUGAAACAGAUUUACUUAUGAAAGUAAUUUUUAUGUAUAAUUCAAUGAGUCAACGAUCAUAUUCAAUUAAUCUACAAUAAAUUCUUGUACAUAAUUUUCUGAAACAUUCUCUCUCUCUCUCUCUCUCUCUC